ACUGAAAUGUAUUACGUCGCCCAUCGACGUAAAUGUGGCGCGCCGCUAAGCGCAGUUUAGACUUUAAAUAUAUGUUUACCAGAGAUUUAAUGUGCACGAUAACAACAUAAACAGUAAAUGGUUUAUGAAUUAAAUAUAGUAAACUGUCGAAUCGCUAUAUUAGAAUGUGGAAACUUCAACCAGCCGAAUCUGGAGGGGAAAGCUUCUUUCUGCUGCCAGGUCAGAAGUAUGUAGUCGGCCGUAAGAACUGUGAGAUACUGCUAUCUAAUGAUCAGUCCAUCAGCCGUGAGCAUGCCCACCUUACUGUCACUGAACAGGGAAUCUCAUUGAAAGAGAGCUCUAAAUAUGGCACCUUUGUCAAUGAUGAGAAGCUUGAGACUGGCUCCACAAGGAUCCUCCAGCCAGGAGACAAAGUCACAUUCGGAGUGUUUCAAAGCAAGUUCAGGCUGGAGAAGGAUUGUGUUGUGGUUUGCUCAUCAUGUGUUGAUAAUGACGGAAAAGCCUCCCUCUCUCAAGACCUGCGCUCCGUCGGAGGGCAACUAGUCAACUCAUGGACACUGAACUGUACACAUCUUGUCAUGCCCACUGUAAAGAUCACUAUAAAGACAAUUUGCGCACUGUUGUGCUGUCGGCCUAUAGUAAAGCCUGAAUUUUUCAGGGCGUUUAGCAAAGCCAUGCAGCAGAAACUGCCUUUGCCUGAACCUGAGAGAUUUAGGCCUCCGAUUGAUGAGCCCAGCCUGUCUAUAGAGGAUCUGGACUUGAGCGCUCGGCCAGAGAGAAAAGCUCUCUUUAAGGGGAAAACAUUUGUGUUCUUGAACUCCAAACAGAUGAAGCGUUUAAGUCAGGCAGUGAGUUGUGGAGGUGGGGUCAACCAGCUGUUGGAGGAGGGCUCUCUGCCCCUUUCACUCCUGGAGUCAAGCAGUACUUGUGUGGUUGAUGUGAUAUCUGGAAACUCGCAGGUUAUAAUCCCUCCCACCACCAAGAAAUGGGUGGACUCUGUGGCAAGGAUUUUGCAUGGAAAUGGCUUACGCUUUAUUACAGAGUCUGAGAUUGGAUUGGCUGCAAUUCAUAUUAAUAAUCAAACAUACUGCAAUCCCUGCUCAUCUAUACGUUCUGAAUCGAUGAAAGGGAAGCCGAUCAUGGCUUCAGCAACACUUUCACAAAACACUGCUGUGGAUGAAACGGCUCUUGCAGCACCUUCCCAGAACAUCACAGCUUAUGUGGUCAACACUGAGAUCACGCAUGACCGAAGCAGGAUAGAUACAAGUGGAAUCAGUGCAGUUGGUGAGACUCCAGAGAAGACGGACUCCGCACAAAGGCCUUCACGCCUUUCCAAAUUGCCAACCAGUAAACCAUCCCUCGGCCCAGAACCUUCUGCUUCUCACAUUAUCAAUGAGACAGUGAUGUCAACAGAGAGCUCCAGUGGGGUUAAACCCGAGCAAAGGUUGAAAACAAGUUUUUCCUCUUCAGGCAGGGGGUUGAAAUUGACAGACCCUGCCAGUGGCAGCUCCACACAGUCCCAACCAAAACAGCCAUCUCUCACCAACUACUUCCAGCCUGUCAGCAAGAAAAGACAACUUGAAGACAGUGCUAAUUCUGUCCAGUCAAAGACCAAGUUUUCCAGAAAAGACAGCGAGGACAAAGAUGAUGAGAUGAUUGGUUCUGGCCCUUCUUAUGCUCAGAAAGGUUCCUCCACCAGUAGAUCUCAAAAAACCUCAAGUACAGCCCAAAACCAGCAGAGCGCUAAACCGCAAUUGAGCGCCAGUCUGGGUCUGAGCUCUUGUCUGGGUUUAAGUGCCGGUCACAGUGUGGCCCAACCGGGAAAGGACUGCGGUUCAAGUCAAAGCAAAAAAAGAAAAGAACCAGAGCAGGAUGUCCCAGAAGACCCUGCUGAUUUAGACAUGUCACUUGAAGAGCUUGAAUCCAUCAUGUCUGAAGAGAUGGAUGAGCCUCUGCCGGCUGCAGCCAAUAAGAAACAAUGUCUCGAGUCAGGACGGAACAGCUCGGUCAAUAAACCUCAAUUACCCAAUCAGCAAAAAAGCAAAACGAAUCAGCAGAGUAGUGCCAACAACAUCCAGCACUUUCAGCUGGAGAGAAAAGGCCAAACGGCAACAAAUCAGGCAUCUGAAAGGGAGUCAAAGAGGUCCAAUCAAGUGCCAGAAUCCAAGAAAGUGACAAAUCUUGUGCAGGAAACACUAAGUUUAGCCAAUGAGGAGAAAGGCAUUGACCAAGAUGUAAAAAACGAGGAGGUGUCAUUUGUUGUGACUUCAAGGACCCAAAAUGGCAUUUCUCAGACAUGUGAGCCUGUAGCCAAACAGGAACUGCAGACCGCAGCCUCUCCAUCUGGAUGUGAGAAUGACUCGGAGUUGCCCAGGAGGCUUGUACAGAUUCAGUUUAUGUCCCUGACUGUAAGCACCUCCUCCAGAUCAAAACCCAACACGCUACAGACCAACAACCCCAAUGCUAAGAAUGUCAAAAGAUUUUGCAAGACAUCCGUCCCUGGAUUAAAGGGGCUGCCUAAUAUUAUCGGAGGCUCUGAUCUGGUGGCUAACAAUCGUAGCAAGAACUCUGAGCUGGAGGAGUGGCUCAGACAGGCAGCCGAGGAGGAAAAACAAAAUGAACGAGAGGAGACUUUGGGUGAUGAUUUGUUCAGGUACAACCCUAGAUCCACCAGGAAAUGUAAAUAAUAAUAUGAAUGAAAGUUCAUAAUACUGCUGAUCUGUUUGAUGACUAAGAAGACAUGGAACUUGUUGGUUGGCAAUCCCCCAACUAAUACUACUAAUACUAAGACCUUUCUUUGUUCUACACUCAACAUUGAAGGCUUAAAGAUAAUCUUUAAGAUAUGCAAAGAAAAAACACAGUUCAAUGUUUGUACGAGGUUUAUUUGUCUAUAAUAAAAAUACUGUACAAAAUGUAUAUCUAUAUUAAAAGUUUUACAAAUUUGA